AGGACCGAAGAGGCUCCCGCGCCCACCGUGUCCGUGUACUUGUAUGUGUGCACUAGCGCCAAUUUCCCGAGAAGUGGGAGAGGAAAAGUCGAUCCCAGAUUUUCUCGGGAUCGCAGCCACGAUCAUGCUGAGCGAUUGAGGAGGAUCAUCUGGUCAGUUGAGAAUCGACUGUGGAACCGUUCGGACAGGAAACGUUGAAUUUCGUCGCGCUAGCUAAGAAAAAGCACCAUAUAAGGAAGACAGACAGACCGACCGGGCAGAGAAGAUGGCCGACCAAAUAAGUGAUCCCAUCCGGAAGUGUUCGAUCAUUCUGAAGAACGCCAAAAGUGACACGGAGAAGUUCGCUGCGCUGUUCAUGGUGACGAAGCUGAUCAAGGGCAAGGAUUGCAACGAGGCCGGGAAGCGGUUGCUGUUCGAUGCGAUCGGGUUGGAUUUUGUGAGGAGGUUGCUGACCAGCAAGGACGUUCCGGAUGCGUCGGCUUACCAGAGUGUGGCGCUGUCGAUUUUGAGCUGCUUCUGCGAGGAUGAGCAGCUGGCCACGCACAAGGACAUGCUGGAGAGUAUUCCGGUGUUCCUGGGGAUCGUGUCGACGUGCGACGACGAUGAAUACGAUGAUAAUCUGAUCGUGAUCAACGAGGCGUACCAUUGUCUGCAGAGCAUUGCGGCGCAUGAGAAGGGCCGUCUGGCGCUGAAGGAACAGGGUGUGAUUAAGAAGAUGGCCGAGGUCUAUACGCAGCAGAGUUUCCAGAUUGACGAGGCGCUGACGCUGAUCGUGACUCUGGUCAGUCAUUUUGGACCGGCUUCCUGGGAUGAGGACCCGAAGCUGUUCCACGCUCUGAUGCAGAGGGUUUCACUGGACUUUGAGACCGAUCAUGCCGAGAGGAAGUUCGAGCUGGCGGAUAUGAUUUCCGUCCUGCUGUUCACAUGCCGGAAGGAGCAGAUUUCGAGAACGGCCGAAGGGGAGAUUUGGCCGGAGUGUUUGUACAAGGGGGUGAGUGACAUUCUGAAGAGCAAGAUCGGCAAGGCUCAGCGCGAUCCUACACUCAAACUGACUGCGAAUAUUUUGGAGAUCUUGGGGAUCGAGUGGACCCUGCACGACUCGGAAAAUCCGAAGAAGUUCUUCCUGCUUCUGUUGCAGUUGGCCGCGAUCGAGGUGCGCAUGCAGAUGGACAACAAGAGUUUCAACCAGGUCAUGGCCCAGGCCGAUCUCGUCACGGCUUGCUUCAUCAUCCUGGAGCUGUCGAUGAAUUACAUGUCGACUGAUCAGCUAGAUCUCGAUCAGAAGGACAAGCAACAGGUCUACACCGGGUUGAAGGGCGCCUUCUCCGCGGUGCUCAGUGUUUUCACCAAGCUUUCAAACGACACCAAAAAGGACAAACUCCAGCCGAAGGAGAAGGCCUUCGCUUGCGCCAUGGUCCGGGUCUUGAGCGCCUGGCUGUCCCAGGAAACCUCCGCCCUCAAGGGCCAGGUCUUCAAGCUGCUCCCCUUCAUCUUCAAACUGGCCAACGAGUCGUUCUAUGCUUCUCGUGAUCACCGCAUCAAAGCCAAGACCGAACCAACCGCCGAACAGGCCCCGGCUGAUGUGCUCCGCGUCACACUCCCUGCCAUGUGCCACCUGGUCGUCGAGGAGGAAUCCCGCAAAGUGUUCCUCAAGGAAAAGCAAGAGCAAGUGCUGUACGACUGCUUCCUCUUCCACUGGACGAUCGCUCACUACAAGAAGCCCCCGAUCCCUCGCGCGGAACGCCUCAAGCGCAUGAACGAACCCGACCCGGAAAUGACCCCCUUCCAGCUGGAGGAAAUGAAGGACUCCCGGACGGCGAUCAUCUCCCUGUGCAACAUCUUCAUGAACAUCACCGUCCUGGAGCCAAAGCUGGUCGAGGAAAGCACCGUCUUCGGCCAACUCCUGCGCUUCAUCUUCGAGAACCUCCCGGAACUCAAGGACACCCCGGACAACCUGGUCAUGCACGGUCACCUCGCCGUCCUCGGACUGCUCCUGCUCAAGCAGCAAUCCUCCAAGAUCAAGAAGAACGACUUCUCCAUCUGCCGGUACAUCCAGACCACGAUCCGGUUCCUCUGGGACGCCUACAACAUCGACGAGUCCAACGAUCCCCAGGAACUGGUCGUGUCCCUGGCCUACAAGGAGUACUGGUUCGAGAUCAUGGAGCUGUGGUUCCUCGGCAUGCAAACCAUGAGCGGCAUCAUCCGACAGAUCCCGUGGAUCUCCGAGUUCUGCAUCGAGUCCGGCUGGGCCGAAGGGAUCAUCCAAACGCUGCGGAAGGUCAAAAUCGGAACCCUGCCGCCGAACGUCAAGCUGGCCUACGAGGACUUUCUGUCGCAGCUGGUCGACGCGAACACGUCGGUGGCCGCCGUGCUGAAGAAAGCGGACGCCCUGAAGGUGUGCCGGAACCACCGGAUGAUGGAACUGGGCAAGAAGCUGUUUGGCGACUAAGCGGAUGCAGCUUGGGAAGGUUUACCUCUGGAAGUACUGCUGCGCUUACCGCUGCUGUGUGGUGAUUGAUGCGCAUUUUUGUAUGUGUUUUUGCUAUAAUUCACCUAGGAAUUAAGAGUAUCUAUGUAAUAAAGAAUUUACUAGACUUGUUAGAGGACUUUUAACAAAGCGA